AUAGGAUUGUGACUUUUUAACUAAACAAAACAGAUCAUAUAUAUUUAUAUCUAUAUAUAUAGCUGCAAUAUUAACAAGAAGCAUUUGAGAGAAUAAUGUCAGUGCCCAAGGAUCCUGGUUUACUAGAAGAGGAAGAGGAGAUAAGUUUUGGGUCAGUCGAGGCCAUGGAUCCUGAUCUUUACAGGGCUACAAAAGAAGGUGACAUUCUUGAAUUCAUAAAAUCAAUGGAAAUAUGUCAUUUAGAUAGUCCUGUUACCAGUUGCAUCCAGCUAAGCCCUCAGAAGAACACUGUUCUUCACAUCGCGGCUAAUUUCAGGCACUAUGAGAUUGUCAAGCUUCUAUGCAAGGAUUUACCUUUCUUUGUGGCCGAAAAGAAUGCUAAAGGAGAAACAGCCUUCCAUAUUGCAGCAAGAUUUGGGGACCAGUUGCUUUUAAGUCUACUUUUAAAUAGUGAAUUUAGAAUGACUGUAUUGGCUGAGAGGAACAACGAGGGUAAUACCGCCUUGCAUGAGGCGCUGUUGAAUCGAUGUGAAGAGACGGCUUUGAUGCUUAUUGAUAAGAAUCUUAAUAUGUUGUAUUCUGUUAAUAAGGAAGGGAAAUCUGUGUUGUAUUUGGCUGCUGAAGCGGGUUAUGUUUCUAUUGUGAAGCUUUUAAUGGAGAAUCCUGUUGGGAAUUGUGUUUCUGCUGGAAGGUUCAAAAAUAAGUCGCCAGUUUAUGCUGCUAUCUAUGGAAGGAACAUAGAUAUUUUGAGGAUAUUGUGGGAAAAGGAUGAGUGUUCCUUCUUGAUCAAAUGUGAUGAUGAAGGGAGGAAUGCUCUUCAUUUUGCCUCAACAACAGGCUACCUCGAAGGUGUAUGUUUCUUACUAAUGAAAUACCCGUCCUUCGGCUAUCAAAGGGACAAACAUGGCUUCUUUCCCAUCCACAUUGCGUCUAGCAAAGGUCAUAUCGACGUAAUUGAUGAGAUGCUUUGCCAAUUUCCUGAUAUGAUGGAGCUACUCACUUUACAUGGUCAAAACAUCAUCCACACUGCUGCUAAGCAUGGGAAAGCCAAAGUAGUUGACUAUAUGCUCAAAAAAUCACAUCUAGAAAAUCUUCUGAAUGCGAGAGAUUUGGAUGGGAACUCGCCAUUGCAUUUAAGUACUAUCUAUGCACAUCCAUUGGUCGUCAGCAGUCUUGUGAGGGAUCGCAGUGUUAAAGCACAGAUACAGAACAAUAACAAAAUGACAGCACUAGACAUAGCUGAGUUGCACACGGAAACAAUUGCAUCACUUCGGAAGCGUCUUACAUUGCUGUCCUUAAGAGUUAAUGUUGCUCCCAAAUCUUCUCACGAGAGUAAAACCGUUAUAAGAGAAUCUUCCGACGUUAAAAAGCACCAGCAUCCUCGAUUAGAAAAUUACAACAGCAAGAUAAACGUAAUCCUACUCGUGGCGACUUUCAUAGCGACAGUUACCUUUACGGUAGGCUUCACACUCCCUGGCGGUUACAACAACUCGAACCCAGAACCGGGCAUCGCCACAUUAUUGGCGAAGGUAAAAUUUCAGGAAUUUAUAGUUUUUGACAUUCUUGCUUUCUAUUCUUCCAUAAUUGUAGUUGCCAGCCUGAUAUGGGUUCAGUUGGGUGAUCCCGGUUCGAUGUAUUAUGCCCUAAAAUUGAUGGUCCCUUUGUUGGGAUUUUCGCUCUUGAUGAUAUCAGCUGCUUUUAUGGCUGGAAUAUAUGUAACCGUGAGUGAUCUAAACUGGCUUGCCUAUUUGAUCAUUUUUUGGGGGUCUAGCUUUGUUAGUUUGGUGGCGGUCUUCUUCCCACUUUGUUUAUUGGCUUCGUCUAACUUUCAGUUUCUUCGACAUGCUUCGAAAGUCUUGAUGAUUCUGAUACUACAUGUGUUCAAGAUCUUUAAUGAUUACGAAGAAACAGAGGAUUAAAGAUUAUAUUAUGGGUAUUGGUGUUGUGAAUUUGUAUGUAAAUAUGUAUAAAGGUUUUAUCACAUGACCAAUCAAUAGUUGGUCUGACUAAAUGGUUCUAGAGACCAUUAGGUCUUCUUACAUUUGCCCUAUGUAACAAAAAAAAAAACAGCAAUUAUGUAUUUUAUCGAAGGUUGUGUAUUGAAUUCUGCUAUCGUGGAAUUUGAUUAUAUUAUUGAUCAUAUUUAUUGAUA